CUAAGCGCUGUCAAAUACAUUAAUACUUCAUAUAAAUCGAAGUGAAGGUAAAACAACCAAAGAAUUAAAAUGUGGAAAUUAGUUCGACUUAGAUGCUUGGGAUUGUUAGUGCUAAUAUUUUUAACCGCUGCGAAUCUUCUGUGGACACUUUGUUUACUUGAAGCGAAAACGCGAUCGCAAUAUAUCAAUAAGUCGUCAAAUAGAAUAACUAAAACGUUAGUUGCAUUUGAAAGACCGUCCGAGAACAUAGCAUCUUCGAUUAAUAAAACAACAUUUCCAAAAGUAUCGGAGCAUAAUUUUAGGCUUGCGUUUGAUAAUAUAAGCUUUGAUACCGGAAGAUGGGACAAUCAUCGCCUUUACAAAAUGUAUGAUUUUGCCUUGGUUGGAGAUAAAUUUAUAAAAGCCUCACGCGAAAACAUUGUGUGCUUAGCAACACAAAGCUCUGUGGAACGUUUAUAUUCAUUAACUCAAGUAGCUUAUCAAUGGAACGGUCCGAUAUCCACUGCCGUUUACGUUGCUGGAAAUGAGGAGUUUUCUAUUUUAAAAUACUUUGUAUCAUAUAUGCGACUCUGCUUUUCAUUCAUACGUGAUAACGUUGCAUUUCACAUUGCUGUCCCAUAUAAUAAGGAACCAACACACGAACAUAUCCCAAAUCUUAUAAAAAGCUUUGAUUGUCAAUACCCUGAACAAACACUCCGCCAUUUACUCAAAAUACGUAGUCCUGACACAAUACGCUGGCGACUAAAAAACGAGUAUCCUCAAAACCACUUACGCAAUCUAGCAAGAAAAGGAUGCCAAAAUAAAUAUGUAUUUUUAACCGAUAUUGAUAUAAUUCCAAGUGGGAAUAUGGUCUCGCUACUAAAUAAUUUUCUUCCUUCAGCGAAAUGCAGCUAUCGAUGUGCGUAUGUUAUUCCAACUUUUGAAAUAGACAACAGAGCAAAGUUUCCGGUUUCGAAGCCGGAACUUAUGCGCCUUUAUCGAAAAGGUCUCGCACGUCCAUUUCACGAAAAAGUGUUUAUUUAUAACCAAUAUGCAACCAACUUUUCCAUUUGGCUUACAAAUUCUUCAACUGAAGAUGAACGUCCUCAUAUAAGUCACGUUGUAACAAAUUUUGAGUUUUUAUACGAACCUUUUUAUGUCGCCUUUGACGACGUUCCGGCGCAUGAUGAGAGGUUCAUAGGUUAUGGGUUUACCCGAAAUUCGCAGGUUUAUGAAAUGUAUAUUGCUGGGUAUACAUUUUUUGUACUAUCACCUAUUUUUACCUGUCAUUGGGGCUUACAACAAAAAAAGGCGCGGCCUGUUUGGCGCGAACAGCAAAAUAAUAUAAAUCGAAAACGUUUUGAGGUCUUCAAACAUGAAAUUCUGGCGCGAUACAAAAAAAAGAAAACGUAAAAAUAGAGGUCACGAAUAUUUCACAAAAAACGGCAGAAGCCCUGAUAAAAUAAACCAUUAUAAAUUAAAUUUAUUGGUAUUGAAUUUUUAAUAAACAACGGUACAAAGCCAAAUAA